UUUGAGUUCACCUUCCGGACACGUGAUUAUCGGAGGAAAAGGUUAUUUCACGAUUUCUCGCCAAGUAUAAUUUCUAAAUUAGCCAUGGGUUUUUCCUCCAGGUUUGAAUGAGGAUGUUUCUGCUUCUUUGACUUUAGUCAGGACUCGCAUCCCAUGGUGCAAAGUGAAACCGGAGUCCUAGCCGGCUGACCGGAGCUGUCAACAGAAAGCAUUCACCAUCAUCAGCCAAACAUUCAGAAGGGCUUCCGAUGUCUCUACUAGAAGAUAUACUUGAUCUGUUGCGAAAUGGCCUUGAGUAUUUCGGAGUCCCUCCUGAUAUGCUGGUUCCAGUGUGGGAGAGCCAGUUGUGUGGUCAGUACCGGAGCCUGGUGCGGAUGAUCGGGACCAACCUCCCAUUGACCCCUUCUCCACGUAUCCACUUCCAGAUUCCUCUACACACCUCCCGACAGCACGGAUACCUAGAUAUCACCAUGGAUACCCACCACGCUAUCCCCUCCUUUGCUGAUGUGCUGUGGGUGGCGGAGGAUGAGGGAGACUGCUUUGCCAAGAUCAGGCACUGUGAGCGUCCGUCCCGGCAGGGUGCUGUGAGUCGGGGCGAUGAGGUGGCGCUGGCCCCUCCACUUCCAGGGGACCCAGGGUUGGCAUCGGUCCGAGCCCAGCCAGGAGCCAUGAUGCUGGGGCACAGAUCAGACCCAGUGGCCCUCCGGAAGAUCACAGCCCUGGAGGAUGAGCUGCUCAAACUGCGAGCUCAGAUUGCCAUGAUUGUCACCGCGCCACCCUCCGGUCCAGCCCAUUCCCAGAACCUUCCGGGUACCCCUGGAAUGUCCCCCACCCUCACCUCCACCCCUCGCUGCCCUCCUCCUCCUCCUCCCUGCCCUCCCCCUCCUCCUCCUCCUCCUCCUCCCAGCUCCUCUGUAGGGCUGUCUGCGGUGGGGGAUCUAAUCCAGCAGUGCAGGGAGGCCGGUAAGGGUCAUGCCCAGGGGAAGGGCCAUGCGGCUGGGCAGGUUGGACUACUACAGCCCCAGGAUGAGGCGGCAGGACAGGGCCCGGUCCCCUCCAUGCUGGAUGUACUGAAUGAUCUGAACCAGGUCAAACUACGCUCCGUGCAGAGGUCGCCUGGGGGAACGCCGGUGCGGAGGAGGCGGAGCAAGGGGACGGUGUUGCUAAGCGACCCGGCCUCAAUGAUUGCAGAGGCACUGAGGAGGAAGUUCGCCCACCGUCGCCUCGAUGACUCGUACGACAAAGAGAACCGCUCGGCAGAGCUCUCGCCGUUCGGCAGCCCCGAUACGUCGCCCUGUAUCCCCCAGCAUUCCAGACGCAGCCAGGGACGACUCCACCUGUGACCUCUGACCCAGCCUUCCAGACGCAGCCAGGGACGACUCCACCUGUGACCUCUGACCCAGCCUUCCAGACGCAGCCAGGGACGACUCCACCUGUGACCUCUGACCCAGCAUUCCAGACGCAGCCAGGGACGACUCCACCUGUGACCUCUAACCUCCCAAAGUCAACUGAACCAGCAGCCGAUCACGUCGCCACCUGACACGCCGAUGCCUCCCUCCGACUGCUAUGGCAACUGCUGACCGAGGGUGCAUCCCAAUAAUACCUCCUUUCUCAUGAAGUGUACACUUGUUCACUACUUCAGAUCGGUGAAGGGAAGUGAACAAGUGUACACUUUGGGAGGAAGGAGAGAUAAUUGGGACGUAGCCUUCUCUUGUCUUCAACAUGUUCUGUCAUGACGCGUCCAUCAGAUAUAUAUGUUUAUAUAAGGGGGGUGUUGAUAUUGAGUGUCAUUUCACUUGUUGUAAGGUUUAUUGUUUUUAUACAGUUGAAUGAUUCCAUGUUUCUGUUGGCUAGGAUUGCUGGGCCGUAUUCAUUAGUGAACACUGGAGCAAAACGUUUAGCCAACCUUUUACAACCUCCGCAUGUACCGACCUCCCUUGUAAAAUUUGAAGUAAUGAUCUAUUCUUAUAAUAUGGACAAAUUUUAGCUCUUUUUUUAUACAAAUACUUGGUCUUUGUUUUAUUCGUUCUUAUCUACUGCUCUCCUGACCAAAUCAUAUUUUCAACAGGCAUUUGUUUUCUCCAAACUAUUUGGGCUGUGUUUUUCUGUGAAGUGAAGGACAAGACACACCAACAUGAACGUUGGCGGUGCGUAGGCGGGGGGGCGUUG